ACUCUCAAAAAUGAACAAAAUUCAACCACCAAUUGUGGAGGUGAACGAGCAACCGCACGAGAAACACAUAUUAUUAGCAGACGUCAACAUUCCUUACAAAUUCACAUUGGAUAGAUCUCGGAAUUCGCUAAUAUUCUGUAUCAACGCUGACGAGUUUUCCGAUCAGAGCUUUCAAUCGGUGGUGCUCGAUUUGAAUUCGAAUGCGGUGAGAAUCGUCCCCGGCAUUCGGAACGGUUUCGCCAGCGCCGUCGACCAUCGCACCGGACGAGUUUAUUUAGGAGGUAGCGACGGCAUAUAUAAAUACGAUUACGACACAGGAGACGUCGACAGACCCCCGAUCGUCCGAGGCGUCGAUGUAUUCGAUAUGUUCUACGCAAAUGAUCUCUACUACGUAGACACGACGAAUCUCGAUCUUCACAUCCUGAAAGAUAAUCGCGACACUAUAGUUAAAACGGUAGAAGAUUAUGGAAUAAAUCAUUUCGCUGUAGACGAUCGAGGCAACCUCAUAUUCGCUAAUGCGGCCGGGUUGUACAUGCUGAAGAGCAAAUCGAAGGUUCCAGAGAGAUUCGACGCGGAUUUGAACAUGGUUCGGGGUGUAACAAUGGACGUACACGGUACCCCUUAUGUGAUUGCCCAAAAUGGUGCUUAUUCUAUUGAUGUUAAAAGUAAGGUAGUAACGAAGAGUUUAAACCUCCACAAUGGUUACGCGCUGGCUUUUGAUAGAGACAACAACAUUGUAUACGGCGAAGAUAGGUCGGUGGUAAAGUUAACACCAUCUUAAUAUGUAAUAAUCUUUAUGAAGGAAUUUAAAGUUGCAAAAUACAAACUAAAUAAAACUGUAAUAAUACUU